CUGUGCUUACAGGAAGAAGGAUUAAAUCCUGAGGGAACCAGGAUCUUUUGGGGCUGAAUUUUUCUUUCCAUCCUUUAUUGAGGAGACAGAAGGAACCCUUCAAGCUGGUUUGAGGAGAACAGGAGAUGGAGGAAACAAAAGGAAGACAGGCCACUGCUCUGUCCACCAUGGGGACUGGCAUAGAGAACCCAGGGCUGGAGCUCACGGAAGAAGGAUUAAGUCCUGAGGAAACCAGCAGGGCUGAAGAACAAGGACAAAACCUUGGAGAUGUGCUCGGCCUUUCCACACACCAGAGGAGGAGCCUACAACCUUUCACCAGGGUGAAACGUUUCUGCAAAACACAUGCCAGCUUGCUCAAGAAGAUUCUGCUGUACCUGUUGUGUGUAGCUUAUGCAGCCUACUUCCUGGCAGCCUGCAUCUUGGAUUUCCAGAGGGCACUGGCCUUAUUUGUCCUCACCUGUUUGGUGCUCUUGGUCCUGGCUCACCGCUUUCUGAAACCGUUCUUUGCUAAAAUAUUAACAAAAUGUUUGAAGCCAUUUGAAAACUCCUGUCUGAAGCGUUGGAUAAAAUGGGUGUUCGCCGGAGUCUGCCUGGUUGGCCUUAUCCUGUGGCUGGCCCUAGACACAGCCCAAAGGCCGGAGCAGCUGACCUCCUUGGCGGGAAUCUUCCUGAUCAUCCUCAUCCUCUUUGCUUGCUCCAAACACCACGGUGCAGUGUCCUGGAGGGCAGUGCUUUGGGGCCUGGGUCUUCAGUUUGUCUUAGGGAUCUUGGUCAUCAGAACUGAUCCUGGAUUUAUUGCAUUUCAAUGGCUGGGAAACCAGAUUCAGAUCUUCCUGAACUACACUGUGGCUGGCUCCAGUUUUGUCUUUGGGGAUAUGCUGGUCAAGGAUGUCUUUGCUUUUCAGGCCUUACCGAUCAUCAUUUUCUUUGGAUGUGUGAUGUCCAUUCUCUACUACCUGGGCCUUGUGCAGUGGGUAGUUCAGAAGAUCGCCUGGUUUUUGCAAAUCACCAUGGGCACCACUGCCACAGAGACACUGGCUGUGGCAGGAAACAUCUUUGUGGGUAUGACAGAGGCACCUCUGCUCAUCCGCCCGUAUCUUGCAGACAUGACACUUUCCGAAGUCCAUGCAGUGAUGACUGGCGGGUUUGCCACCAUCUCAGGCACUGUGUUGGGAGCCUUCAUAUCCUUUGGGAUUGAAGCAUCAUCCUUGAUUUCUGCAUCUGUGAUGGCUGCCCCUUCUGCUCUUGCCUUGUCAAAGUUGGUAUAUCCAGAAGUGGAAGAAUCCAAGUUUAAGAAUAAGGAGGGUAUAAAAUUAUCCCGUGGCAAAGAGAAGAAUAUCCUAGAGGCCGCCAGCAGUGGAGCCACAGAUGCCAUAAGCCUUGCUGCUAAUGUAGCAGCCAACCUGAUUGCCUUUUUGGCAGUGUUGGCCUUCAUCAAUGCAGCCCUCUCCUGGCUAGGGGAAUUGGUAGACAUACAAGGGCUCACUUUCCAGGUGAUUUGCUCCUACAUCCUAAGGCCCAUGGUUUUCAUGAUGGGUGUAGAGUGGGCAGAUUGUCCAAUGGUGGCUGAGAUGGUGGGGAUCAAGUUCUUCACAAAUGAGUUUGUGGCCUACCAGCAACUAUCUCAGUACAAGAACAAACGUCUCUCCGGAAUGGAAGAGUGGAUUGGAGGCAAGAAACAGUGGAUUUCUGUGAGAGCUGAAAUCAUUACAACAUUUUCACUGUGUGGAUUUGCCAAUCUUAGUUCCAUAGGAAUCACACUGGGAGGCUUGACAUCAAUGGUACCCCACCGGAAGAGUGACUUAUCCAAGGUUGUGGUCAGUGCCCUCUUCACAGGAGCCUGUGUAUCCCUUAUCAGUGCCUGUGUGGCAGGAAUCCUCUAUGUUCCCAGAGGAGCUGAAACUGACUGUGUCUCCUUCCUAAACACAAGUUUCACCAAUCGAACCUACGAGACCUAUGUGUGCUGCAGACAGCUCUUUCAGAGCACUUCUCUGAAUGGCACCAAUGCUUCUUUUUCUGGUCCAUGGGACAAUAAAGAAUUCAGUGCCAUAGCCCUUGCUAACUGCUGUGAUUUCUACAUCAAUGCUGUAUGUGCCUAAGGCCAGCUCAUUUUUGUAAGUCUUGAUCUUGACAGAUUUUUGAUGGUAAAGGUAUUUAUGUAUUCAAGAAUUUCUACUCUACAACUAACUCACCAUGAUCUUUAACAGUAAAUGUAAAAAUUUCAUUUUGGUUCAUUGUAUGCCAAUGAUGAAAGUCAGCAUUUGUCCUUCCAUUAUUUGGCUAAGCAAAAUAAAUUCUUUAUGGGUUCUGUUUGAGUUUAUAUGUGAA